AUGUCGACUCUUGAGGACCUCGACGACCUUGAGCGCGAAACCAGAGACAAGAAGCAAGAUGACGGCAAGAAGCCUGGCGGCGAUGAGGAUGCCGAGAUGGACGAUGUCGACAAGAAGGAUGACGAAGAGGAGCUGCUAGAUGACGAAAUUCUGCACUCAAGCACCGCGGACAUCGUCAAGCGGCGGCGAAUGCUGGAGAACGAAAUGCGGAUUAUGAAGAGCGAGUUCCAGCGUUUGACACACGAGCAAAGUACAAUGAGAGAGAAGGUCAAGGAUAACCAAGAAAAGAUUGAGAACAACAGACAACUACCAUACCUCGUUGGAAACGUCGUCGAGUUAUUGGAUCUUGAUGUUGAGGCUGAGGCCGCGGAGGAAGGGGCCAACAUCGACUUGGAUGCCACCCGCGUAGGCAAAUCCGCUGUCAUUAAGACCUCCACCCGUCAAACUAUCUUCCUCCCGCUUAUCGGCUUGGUCGAUCACGAGAAGCUGAAGCCCGGUGAUUUGAUCGGUGUCAAUAAGGACUCAUAUCUCAUCCUGGACACACUACCAGCGGAGUAUGACAACCGUGUCAAGGCUAUGGAGGUCGACGAGAAGCCGACGGAGAAGUACACUGAUAUCGGUGGUCUGGACAAGCAGAUUGAGGAGAUUGUCGAGGCUAUUGUAUGGCCGAUGAAGGAGGCGGAGAAGUUCAAGAAGAUCGGUAUCAAGGCUCCAAAGGGUGCUCUGAUGUACGGUCCCCCAGGAACCGGUAAGACCCUCCUGGCACGAGCCUGUGCCGCCGAGACAAACGCCACAUUCCUCAAGCUUGCCGGUCCACAACUGGUACAGAUGUUCAUCGGUGAUGGAGCCAAGCUUGUUCGUGACUGCUUCGCCCUGGCCAAGGAGAAGGCCCCCUCAAUUAUCUUCAUUGACGAGCUGGACGCCGUCGGCACAAAGCGUUUCGAUUCCGAGAAGUCCGGUGACCGUGAAGUCCAACGUACCAUGCUGGAACUUCUGAACCAGCUUGAUGGAUUUGCCUCAGACGACCGUAUCAAGGUUCUGGCCGCGACCAACCGUGUCGAUGUUCUUGAUCCCGCUUUGCUCCGUUCCGGUCGUCUGGAUCGUAAGAUCGAGUUCCCUCUUCCAAACGAGGAGGCUCGUGCGAACAUCUUGCAGAUUCACUCGCGUAAGAUGUCAGUCGAGGAUAGUGUUAACUGGGCUGAGUUGGCUCGUAGUACUGAUGAGUUCGGUGGUGCUCAGCUUAAGGCUGUUUGCGUUGAGGCUGGUAUGAUUGCCUUGCGAAAGGGUAUGAGCAAGGUGGGUCAUGAGAACUACGUUGAUGCUAUUGCCGAGGUCCAGGCCAAGAAAAAGGAUACCAACAUGGGCAUCUAUGUCUAG